ACCUUAUCGAUAAUUAAUCUUUUUACUCAAAACUGAAAAUAAGAACUCUUUAAUUAUAAAAGUAAAAAGUUUUACUUAUAAAUUAUAAUUACAUACUUAUUUAUAAGCAUGGAAAAACUUCUACAAAUACUUGCUCGUGGUACGGGUCAUAAGCGUCUUGACGAUGAUCUUUUUAAAGCAGUUGAUUCCUCAUUCAACAUUUACAGACGAGAAGGAAUUUUUGAAAUCGAAGAAUUGCCCAAAGAGACAGAAAAAACUGAUAAUUUCCGAUGCAAUGUAAAUGGUUGCAUGUUGAGUUUUUCAUCUAUGGCUGCAUAUGAUUUACAUUACAAUUCAAAUCAUCGUUAUACCUGUCUUUACUGUCGUAAAUUAUUGCAAUCAGCUCAUCUAUUGGAUUUACAUUUGAGUGAAAAGCAUGAUAAUUAUUUUUUAGCCUCUUCUGCCAAAAAACCGAUGUUCAAAUGUCUCAUUGAAACAUGCCAAGUAAAAUUUUGGAAUUCAGAUGAACGCAAUAAUCAUUGUAAAGAAAUUCAUAAAAUAUCAAAGAGUUUUUUAUUACAUUUUGGAAAUAAAAAAAAUAAAAAACAAAGCAAGCCCAAAAAAGCUGUAUCAUCAAUAGGUUUAGAAACUGUAUCUGAUUUGAGUAUGGACAGUAUGGUUAUAGAUUAAUAAUACUAAUAGACUGACUGAAUAAUUACUCUAAUUUAUUUAUACACCAUAAUUUAUAUU